CUUUAUCCCAUUGCAAGCUAGUUUGGAAGGUGAGUUACAUCCAAUGUGGUUGUUACAAUUCGUAUAGGAGCAAACAACAAUUUCUGAUCGCUAGUGAACCUCUCGGUAGGAUUCAAACUCAGAUGAAGAUCUGGAACAAAAGAAUCUUGUAGGAUUCCCAAGAAAUUCUUCUCACAUUCCAUGUAUAGCCUAAUAACCCUUGUUUGGGAGCGCUACUUUCAGUAGAAAAUUGGUUCCAUAUUGUUACCUAGCUGGGAAUAAGGGCUGCCAUGGACGUAGUUUUGGAAGUGUGGUGCUCUGGGGUGUUUAGUUUUUAUCUCGACUCCAUAUGUUUAACAUUUUACCCCUCUCUUUUUGCAGGAUUAAAAUAUUCGAUUAAAGCGGCUAUGGGAAGAAUUCAUGCAAUUCAAUCAGACGGGACUAUUGUGAUGGACGUUGAGGCAUUCCGAAAACUUUAUGAAGCUGUCGAUUUGGGCUGGGUGUAUGCUAUAACGAAAUAUGAACCCGUUGCUACCAUAGCUGACGUGGAUUAUACGACAUUGCACAUGUUAAAGAAUUUAGAAGUAAAAAAGGUGUUAAAACUUCGUCAAUUAUACGUGUACUCCUAUGCAUAAAGUUACGAGCAGAGGCGGAUCUAGCAAUGGGUUGGGCUUGGAUAUACCCCGGCCCCUGCCCCCAACCCUCAUGGUAAGAAAGAAGGUAUUUUAUAGGUAAAUUGGCCCAAAUAACUAUGUUUAGCCGAGCUUCAU